AUGGCGGUGCGCGGUGACGGCUGCUGCUGCUUCCGGCGGAUAUGGCGGCGCAGCAUCCCACCCCUCUCCCCCAAGCGGUGGUUUCGAGGUGCUUCCGCUGCGGCCAGCGGCGGUGGCGGCGGCAACUGCUUCAAGCGGAGGUGGCCUGCGGCGGCGGCGGCGGUGACGGCUUCCAGCGGCGGCUUCCGACGGCCGCGGCUUCCAGCUGAGGUGGCCACCGGAGGUGGUGGCAGCUUCGAGUGGCGCUGGCGGCAGCUUCAAGCUCUUCUUCCUGUGCAGCAGGCAGCUACCGCUUGUUCUUCCCCACGGUCGUGA